GUGGCUGAACUUGUUUGCGCCGCCAUCCAGCCGCUCGCAACGGCGCGAAGGAAAACUGCGCGAUAAUGUUUGGAGUAAACAAAAACAUCCAUGCGAAGCGAGAAGAUUUAAUUCUUCGCUAGCGAUCCGACCGAGUGGACGCGCGUCCGCCUUUAGCGCCCCAUCGCGUUCGGGGUGAGUUCGACAGAAUUACAUCGCGCCAAGCAUUUGGAAACGGGAAAAAUUUCUCCAAGUGACAAUUUGAAUUUACUAAAAACCGUUUAAAAAGAGUGAACUUAACCACAAUGUGUAGGUCUGUGUUUGUGCUGUGCAUCGCCGUUGCACUGCUUGCACUGGCAGUGCAGGGCCGUACCACGUCUGGUGCAGCGUCCGAUCAAGUAGAUCGUUACGAGCUAGAUCCACCGCUCGCUCUUCGAUUGUCCCGGUUUGCAAGCACAUCUAACCUCGAGGAGGCGCUCGAUUACAGUGAGACAAUAUUUGAAAAAUCCAAACGUCUCGAAGGUUCCCUGGCCGCCGGGUCGCGGGGAAAGGUUGUCAAGGGUGGCUCGACGUACGCGCAGAUCCUCGACGGCUAUCCAACGCCGAGCACCCAGCAGCAAGAUCUGCUUGCCCGCAAGGUCCUUCGAGCGUCCUCCUUCUUCGUGAACCGCCACUGCAUCCCGAAUGGCAUUUCUUCGUACGAGUGUGGCCUGUAUCUCAGCGGAACGCAGCUUCCCUCCUCGACGAUCGGAGAUCAGUGUCGGAGUUUGAUCGCCUCGAAAGAGUACAACGAUGAGUAUCGCCGACUGUUGCCCGCACUGUACGACGAUGGAGUGUACGCGUUCCGGCGCAGUACGACCGGGGCUGAGUUGCCACUCGCGCGCCAAGUGUCCAGCCGGUUCCAUACGGCCUGGAAGAACCAGGAACCGCUCGACAGUACGCGCUCCGUUGCCCUCGUCCAGUGGACGCAGUUCAUCGAGCACGAUCUCGCUAAAACCACGGUCCAGACGAUGCACGACGGGACGGACAUUGAAUGCUGCUCCGGCGACCAUGGUCAGCUGUUGCCCCGGUACCGGCAUCCUUCCUGCAAACCGAUGCAGGUCCCCGAAGACGACCCCUACUACCAGACGUACCGGGCAACGUGCUUGAACUACGUGCGCAGUGCCCUGUCGCUCGGUGGCGACGGUUGCCAUCUGGGCCCGGCAAACCAGCUCAACCAGGCCACCAACCGGUUGGAUCUGUCGCAACUGUACGGCAGUCUGGCGAACGACACGAAGCUGCUGCGCGCAGGCAAAGGUGGCCGACUGCGGGCCCAACUGUACGACUCGGCCGAAUAUCUGCAGCAGGCGGACAACGAUCGGCUGUGUGUGACCGAUCCCAAUCUCGAAACCGUCUGCUACGAUUCCGGCGACACACGGGUAAACGUGAACCCGUACAUCACCCUGCUGCACACACUGUUCCUGCGGUCCCACAAUCGGCUAGCGAAACAUUUGGCCCUGCUGCGACCGAGCUGGACCGACGAUCAGCUGUUUGCCGCGGCCCGGACCGUCAACACGAAGCUAUACCAGAAAAUCGUCCGCGAAUGGUUGACGGCGGUGGCAGGCGAACGGGCAACGCGAACCUCGCAGCCAACCGCGCCCCAGGACGGUCGGGUUAGCAACGAGUUCGCAACGGCCGCCAUUCGCUUCUACAGCACGAUGAUGCCGGGCGAAAUCUCGAACGCGCUCGGAUCGUACAAUCUGGAGCAUCUCUUCUAUCGACCGAAGGAUUUGCGCAAACGGGACUAUUUCGCCCAUCUGGUCGGAUCCGUGCUCGGGCAGAAUGCGAUGUCGCUCGACACGGCCUACGUGGACGAUAUGGCCCAUCUCCUGUUCGGCGUGCGCAACGUCGGGCUGGAUGUGCUCGCGCUAGACAUUCAGCGCGGUCGCGACCAUGGUCUCGCCCGCUACACCGACUACUACACGUUGUGCAACGGCAAACCGGUCACCGGGUGGGCCGACCUCGAGCGGGCGCUCAAACCGGACGAUUUGGAAAUGAUACGCGCGUCGUACGCAACCGUGCACGAUGUCGAUCUGAUCGUCGGUGCCAUCGCCGAAUGGCCCGUUGCGGGUGCUACCGUUGGACCUACGCUGUCCUGUCUUAUCCGAGAACAAAUCGACAACUCGCUGGACAAGGCGCACGAGCCACAAGACAGUGCGACACCCGUAGCACUGCGGGCGGACCGCGUGGAGGCGGUGUUGGCGGAGUACAGUGCAGCAAGGUUUAUGUGCGAUACGGCACAGGUCGAUCGCGUUCAGCGUGAUAUUUUCCGCGUCCCAUCGGACGAUAACCCGCAGAUCCGGUGCGCACAGCUGCCAGCGCUCGAUCUUGCGCGACUCGUUUAAACCGCUACUCGGCGACGGCGUGCGGCUCUGGGAGAUCGGUCUGCAGCGGACUGUGGUGGAACUGUGUGGGACAGGAAAUGAGAAAAAUCCAGCCCCAUUAACGAUGGAGAAAGGUCAACCCGAGAGCCGCGUGUCGCGAGGAAGUGGAUAGUUUAGGGUCAAUUAAUCAUGGUUCAUUUACGCGUUCUCUGUAGUUCCAUCCUUGCUGUAGCUCUCUCUCUCUCUCUCUCUUUAUUUCUUUGCGAUACAGUAAGUCUUAGUUGUGUAAGCUACAAGUUCUGUGACUUAUAUCGAAUGCGUUGAGACACCGUUCUGAUGCAUUUAGUGGAAAUAAAGUAAGUUAAUGAAUGAGAA